UCAGUCGACUGCCAUUUUAGCUUUCAGGGUUUCUCUUCCAGUUUUGGUCUUACAUCUUUGCAAUGGCCACAGCGAAGCUACUCUUAACAGACCUCAUCUCCGGCGUCGACCGUGUGCCUUCAAACUACAUUCGGCCCGUCUCCGACCGUCCAAAUUAUGCCGACGUCCUGGCGUCAUCAGAGGGCUCCAUCCCUCUCAUUGAUCUUCAGGGUCUCAAUGGACCCAACCACUCCGAUAUUAUCAAACAGAUUGCCCAAGCUUGCCAAAAUGAUGGCUUCUUUCAGGUCAAAAAUCAUGGGGUGCCGGAGGAGAUGAUCAAUGGCAUGUUAAGGACAGCAAGAGAGUUUUUCAGGUUGCCGGAGAGUGAAAGGAUGAAGAUGUACUCCGAUGACCCUUCAAAGACUACAAGGCUUUCCACUAGUUUCAAUGUCAAGACAGAAAAAACCGCCAACUGGAGAGACUUUCUCAGACUCCACUGCUACCCUCUCGAAGAUUACGUCCAUGAAUGGCCCUCCAAUCCCCCCUCAUUCAGGGAGGAAGUGAGUGAAUAUUGCACCAGUGUUAGAGGGCUAGUGCUAAAACUGCUUGAGGCCAUAUCAGAGAGCUUGGGACUGCAAAAGGACUACAUUGUGAAGGCUUUAGGCAAGCAAGCCCAACAUAUGGCAAUGAAUUACUACCCGCCAUGUCCAGAACCAGAGCUUACUUACGGUUUGCCGGGACAUACCGACGGUAACCUAAUCACCAUACUUCUCCAGGACGAUGUGCCUGGAUUGCAAGUCCUUCGAAAUGGCAAGUGGGUUGCUGUAAACCCUAUUCCCAACACUUUCAUUGUCAAUAUUGGUGAUCAAAUGCAGGUAAUUAGCAACGACAGGUACAAGAGUGUGCUGCACAGAGCUGCUGUGAACUGCAAUAAAGAGAGAAUAUCAAUUCCAACCUUCUACUGUCCAUCACCUGAUGCACUGAUCAGUCCGGCCAAGGAGCUCGUCAGUCAUGAUCAACCAGCAAUGUACAGAAACUUCACAUAUGCAGAGUUCUAUGGGAAAUUUUGGGACAGAGGACUAGCCAAAGAGUGUUGCUUAGACUUGUUUAAACAAAAUUGAUCACUUGUCAGUCUAUAUA